GCCAGGGCGACUCAGCACUUUCCCUGCGCAGGGGCUGCUGGGAGAUAUGCAGAUGAGCCGCGGCCUUUAUAGGCCCGGGCCGGCCUGCUCCCCCUUUCCCUGGCUGGCUGCAGGGGAGGCACCUGGCUCCAGACACUACACUGGGUUCAGCUGCAGAAGCUUCUAGAAGUUCUGACCCCAGUCUCUGCAACUGCCAGCUGAAUCGGGACCCCGUUCUUCCACCUGCGCCACACCCCCAACUCCUCCUCUCGCUCUGCCUGCCUCCCCCCAGCCCCUCCUGCCUGCCCCAGCGCCCGCCUGGCCCCCAGCCUGUGGGCCUGCUCCCCUGAGAGCCCAGGGAGGGCCCCCGCCGUCCACCUGCAGAGGGCGGGCGGCGUGGCCAUGUGCCCCCCGGUCAGCGUGCGCCACGGGAGGGAGGGCAUGUCCUGCCUCUACGCAUCCUGGCUGUACCAGAUUCAGCACGGAGACGAGCUCAGCGUCUGCUUCGCCUGCUUCAAGGUGGCCUUCCUGGACCUCAAAGACAUGCUGGAGUCGGAAGACUGGGACGACGAGGACUGGGACCCCGAGGCCGCGGAGCUGCUGGAGGCCGGGCCUGAGCAGGAGGGGUCCCCGGGGCAGCCUGGGCAGGGGGGCGCCGAGCCCUGGGGGCCUGGGGCCCUGGCGUCAGCACCAGCGGGGUCAGAAGAGGUGGGCCUGGACCCCCUGUUCGUGCCCACCGAGCUGGGGCCCCAGAACGCGGUGCCCCUGGGCCUGGGCCCCGAGGACGCCGACUGGACCCAGGCCCUGCCCUGGAGGUUCCAGGGGCUGCCCCCAUGCUCACACUGGCCACGCCCCCCUUCUCCGUGGCAGAACUUCCUGGGUGCAGACCUGCCCCCCGGGGAGCCCAUGGUGCUGGAGCUGGGCACCAGCCGGCCCGUGGAGCCCGAGGAGGCCGAGGCGGCCGAGGCCUGGCUCCUGGGCCUGCAGGUUGUGUCCAUGGUGGGCUGCCAGGAUGCUGUCUACCUUCGGAGGAUGGUUCCGGGCUGGGCCCUGCAGAGCCCGGGCCAGCGCUGGAAACUGCUGCUGGACCCCGGGGAGGUGUGGGUGGUGAGGCUCCAGAACCCGACCCAGCAGCAGGACCUGCACCGCUGGAAGCUGAGUGUCCUGGAGAGGGCGGGGCCAGGCGCGGAGCUGGUGCCCGCCGACUGCGCCCUGCAGAAGAGGGGCUUCACCAUCCUCUCCUACUCACCCUGCAGCCAGAGGGAGGCGGAGGAGGGGGCCUCGGCCUGCCCCCAAGGCCAGGACGCCAGCACUGCCGAGCCCUGGAGCGGCGUGCCCGAGAGGCCCGGGGAGAGCCUGGCUGUGGUGGGAGCCUCCGUCCUGGGGGAGCUGCCCUGCUUCCAGCCCUUCAGGCCUGGGCCCCAGAACUGAGGGGCUGGGGCCCUGGUCCUGGCCGCUCACCUGGGGGGCCGGGCCGCGGGGGCCCCGAGGGAAGGUCAGGGACGUGCAAGGACUCAUAGCAGCAGUUACCUGCCUGUCAGUUGACUGUCACCAUCACCUGCUUCGGAACGCAGCGCUGACCAUCACUGUUCCUGGGCGAGAGGUCAACUGCCCCUGAUGCGGGAGCAGGGCUCAGAACCGUGCCUGGCUGUGAGGAGGGGGGCCAGGGGUGAGACCCCCAAAAAA